AUGGCAGCUGCGGCAGUCGUGCCUUCCAAAAAAGACAUCCAGACCGAACUGGUCUACUGGAAACGGCUGGAAGACCGCUUGGUCGUCACCGACUUCACCCAGCCCGGCGGCGAGCAGCGUUUUGCGGAGCAGGAGAACUACAACGAGAGACAUCCAGUCCAGAUCCACGACAUCCGUGGCGAAGAGGCCAAGUACACGCUCGACAAGAACGGAUUCCAGUAUGUCCGUCACGAUGUCCCCGAGCUAGACGACUGGUCCGACGAGGAGAAAAUCAAGGCGAUUCUCAUCCCGAAGACAGAGGAACUGGUGCGGCAAGUGACCGGCGCCACCAAAUCCAUUGUCUUCACCCAUCGUAUCCGCUGUCUGGCCACCGACUCGGCCAAACGUGCCGACAAUCGCGCGCCCGCCCACAGCGUCCACUCGGACUUCACGCCCACAGGGGCGCUGCACAAUCUCGACAUCACGGUCAAGGACCCGGCUGAAGUCGAGCGGCUGCGACGUGGACGCGUGCUCGCGAUCAAUGUGUGGCGGCCGCUGAAGACGAUCACCAAGGACCCUCUCGCGGUGUGUGACUGGCAGUCCGUAAACGCUCAGGACGAGUGGAUCGCGUACAGGUUCGUCUUCCCGCACGGCUGGAACGAGCUGGGCAAGGUGGUGCGCAGCGCGAACCACAAGUGGUACUAUCUCAGUCGGCAGCAGCCGAACGAGCCGCUGCUCUUCAAGCAGUUUGACAGCCGGGCGACGGAGCAGGGAGGGUGCACCGUCGCGCACAGUGCGUUUGUCGAUCCCGAGUUUGUCGACGCGGAGCCGCGGCAGAGCAUCGAGAUCAAGAUGUUUGCUUUCAUUCCGGAGGAAGCAUAA